AUGAAUGGAGUAUCAAAGUCAGACUCCAAGGCCCUCCUUGGUAGCUCUGGCACAAGCCGGCACGCGCACAAGCUUUGCGAGCACUCGCAGCUUCCUGAAUGGGCACACGACAAUGCCUUCAUUGUUGGCGGCUAUCGCAGACCAGGCGGAACCAAUGAUGAAGCGCAGAUGAUCCCCGCCUCCGUCACAUCGGCUGAACAGACAGUGCAAGUCUCUGGUCUUCGCAAACGCGCCAAGGGCAGCAGCAACCAGGCCGACGGCGAUUCGCCGGUAGAGGCCUCCGCGCAGAGGCCAAGACUCUUUGAGCACAAUUCAGUCAAGGCGUGUUGGGAAAGCGUUUGGCUGUACUGGCACAACGAGACAGGUGAGAGGCGUGCGGCACGGCACUCGUUGUUGGCCGCGCAGCGUGUUCUCCCGGACGCGAAGCUCACUUCAUUCAAACCCAUCCCCUUGCCCACUUCAAGUCAACAUUCACACGCAUCUCUGGGGCUGCGUAUUCGCCAUCGCUCUGCUCGCUCUCCACUCCCUCGCACACUUCAAUCUGCUUCCCCGAGCCUUGACCGCACACCUGCCGGGCAGAGCACUUCUGCUUGCUCACGCGCCUGCACCUGGAUCCAGCCUGGAGAAAGCCCUUCUUCGAGCCCACUCCUCCCCCAGCAUCCCAGCAGCCGCAGCCUCGGGUGGAUUCUCACGUUUGCUGCGAUUGAGCGGCAGCGCUGCAGCAUCAAGCAGUGCGUCUCGCGAUCUCUUGCAACAGCAGUUGGCCACACUGUGGACCUUUGAGAGCACCACCAAUUGGGCUCCUAAUGGACCUCUCGACGUAUUGGGCUUUGCCAUCUUUGGUCUCUCAGCCGUAACCUGCUUCGGUUUCUCCGCCACAUUCCACACGCUGCAUGCUCACUCGUGCGACGUUUCAAAGCGAGCCAAUGCUCUGGAUUACAUUGGCAUCGUCGUAAUGAUUUGGGGAUCUUUUCUGCCAGGCCUUCACUACGGCUUUCAGUGCCACCCGAAGCUGCAAGCAUUCUACGCGAGCAUGAUCACGGUUUUGUCCACUUGUGAGAGCAGAUAAUGCAAUUGCGCUCGUUCCUCACCUGCUGGUCCUUACCACUCUACUCGCAUCUCCCGGCAGUCGCUGGUGCAGUGGUCUUAUUACCUAGAUUCAAGACACCUGCCUAUCGGCCAUGGCGGACAUCUGUGUUCAUACUCCUAGGUUUGAGUGCCGUCUUUCCCGUCGCGCACGCGUGGGCUCUUUACGGCGUGAGCAAAAGUCAUGGGUGCACAUCUCAUGUUGAGACGCGCCGAGAUACCGCUUUGCUGACGUCACGAUGGGUGUCUUGCGCAGAUCGAAAUCCUUGCACGAACGAUGGGGAUAUAUUGGUUGAUGUACGUAUUCAGCUGACGACCGGCGCCAGUGGCUUUUAAACGAGUGGCUGACCAAGUUUGGAUCAAUGUGGCGUUGAUACUAAAGAGCGAGUGGGGCGAUGUAUAUCGUCGGGGCUCUGCUAUACACUUUGAGGAUACCAGAGAGAUUCGCUCCCGGCAAGUUCGACUACAUUGGAGCAAGUCACCAGAUGUAAGCAAACAUCAAGCCUGCUUAUUGCGCCUUAUCAUCGCUCCCCGCUGAGCCAUGACGAAUCUUCUCCGCAGCUUUCACGUCUUCAUCCUAUUCGCAGCUUUGGCGCAUUAUGUGUGUAUACGAAGAGCGCACAGCUUCUGGAAGGUGGCAGCGUCGCUCUCCACAUCCACCACCCUGCAAGGUGUGUGCAGGGCUCUCGAAGCGUUGUAG